AGUUCCUCACUCAGAGCUCACAGUAGUUCAGCACCAGUCUGAGUCCCAAUACGGAGGGACAUGUCCCCCACCUCCCUCCUAGUGGUCCUCCUUGUCUGUGCUGCUUCAGCUGAUCAAGAGUCAUGCCAAGGUCGCUGCACAGAAGGCUUCAAUUCCAAAAAGAAGUGUCAGUGUGAUGAACUCUGCUACUACUAUCAAAGCUGUUGUGCCGAUUAUGUUGAAGUCUGCAAACCCCAAGUGAAUCGUGGAGAUGUGUUUACCAUGCCUGAGGAUGACUACUCAUACAUUGAGUAUGGCAUCCAGGGCACCAGUGCGCCAGUCAGCAUCCAGUUACCUGACAGCAUCACCGCUGCAAGUAGUGCCCAGUUCACCACGACAGAUUCCUUCACCAACACUGGACAGGAAACCUCCCAGGAUGCUGACUUCAAUGUGUACCAAGAUCCGGAAACCACCACUGAAAGCCCUUUUAUAGAACCUGAAGAAGAAGAAGAGCAAAAGGAAGAAGUGUGCAGUGGGAAACCUUUUGAUGCCUUCACUGACCUCAAAAAUGGCUCCCUUUUUGCUUUCCGAGGGAAGUAUUUCUAUGAGAUGGAUGAAAAAAGUGUACUUCCUGGGUACCCCAAAAGGAUACUGGAUGUCUGGGGCAUUGAAGGGCCCAUUGAUGCUGCCUUUACCCGGAUCAACUGCCAGGGGAAAACCUACUUCUUCAAGGGCAGCUUGUAUUGGCGCUUUGAGGAUGGCAUCCUGGACCCGGGUUUCCCAAAAAACAUCUCAGAUGGCUUCAGGAAUAUUCCAGACAAUCUUGACGCUGCUGUGGCCCUCCCUGCCCACAGCUACAAUGGCCAAGAGCGUGCCUACUUCUUCAAAGGAAAUCAGUUCUGGGAAUAUGAGUUCCAACAGCAGCCCAGCCAGGAGGAGUGUGAAGGGAGCACAGUGUCCACAGCGUUCGAACACUUUGCCGUCCUGCAGCGAGAUAGCUGGCGGACCAUCUUUGCAGUCCUCUUCUGGGAUGGUGAAUCAGAAGGAACAAGUGGCCCUUGGCUCAUCAGUGAGCACUGGCACGGGAUGCCCAGUAGGGUAGAUGCUGCCAUGGCGGGCCGCAUUUACUUCUCCUCCACAACUUCUACUCACUCUGAUUUGGUUCGGAAGCGCAAGGCCAAGGCCAAGGCCAAGGCCAAGGCUAAGGCCAAGCGCCUUCGUAAGCGUAAACGCUACGGGUCACGGAGUCGCCACUCCCGCCGCUCCCGGGACAUCUGGGGUUGGCCAUCUUCAGAAGAAUAUGGGGCAGACUAUGACCUGGACUUCAACCUUGAAUGGUUCCAACCAUCCCAGUGUGAACCCAUCCAGAGCAUCUAUUUCUUCGUAGGAGACAAGUAUUACCGGGUUAACCUUCGAACCAAGAGGGUGGACGAUGUGACUCCUCCGUACCCACGCUCCAUUGCUCGGUACUGGCUGGGCUGUCCAGCUCCGAGUGCUUUUGAGAAAUGAACUGAACUGCCACAGCCCAAGCACCUCUGGGGGGCCCCUCAGACCCGAUCCAAUCUAGCAAAGAUAGAUUAAGGAUAUAUACUAUGUCCAGGGAACUGUGCGAGGCAUAUGAAGACCAAAAGAAAAAUGGUCCCCAUCAUUGUGUGUGCUUUUAAUAAAGUCCUUUUGGCCUAUGUA